AUGUUUUCUCCUCAAAGAUUAUUAACAACUUCAGCUCGUGAACGAUGUAUCGCAUGUUUAAGGGGCCUGCCUGAGUUUGUGUUUGAAGAUGUAAGUCCUAAAAAGAAAGCUUCAGUUUUAGUGCCAAUGUGUGUCAUAAAUAAUGAAGUGCAUUUACUGUACACUAUGCGAUCUACUAACUUAAGUAGCCACGCAGGACAAGUAUCGUUUCCGGGUGGAAAGAUGGAUAAAGAUGAAGAUGAAAUAGAAACGGCUUUAAGAGAGACUGAAGAAGAAAUUGGCGUGCCUCCAGAGGCAGUUGAAGUCUGGUCUACGAUGUCAAGCGUUCAAGGUCGAGAUAAGAACAUGCUUAUUACACCUGUUGUUGGUUUAAUUAAAAAUUUUGAGAAUCAGACCCUCAUACCAAAUGUCUAUGAAGUAGAAGAAAUAUUUACAGUACCUAUGUCAGCUCUUUGUGAUAGAAGAAACCAUGCACACUUGGAGUUUGAGAAAACUAUUCUUCCUGUCUUUUUAUAUGAGAAACAUAAAAUAUGGGGUAUUACAGGAUUUAUUACAAACUUUUUCCUACAAUGUUUCCUUCCAACUGAAAGCUAUCAAUGUGACUUUUUAAGAAAAAAGUUUGAAAUUCAUGAACUAUUACCAUCAAAAUUAUAG